AAAUAUAAUAAUUUAAUAUUACCACACUGUGUGUGUGUAAUCUAGUUACUUUUUGUUAAAUCAAAGAUAUACAUGUGUAUAUAUUUAUUUUAACCUCAAAAUUUUCACAUGGCGGUCUUAACCAGUAUGGAUGAACAAAAUGAAGUUGUUUCAAACAAAAGGAAGCUUGGUUCCGAUUCAAAUCCCAAGUCCAAACAAAAAAAGGGGAAGAAAGCAAAAUUAGCUGAUAAAAAUAUAGAGAAAAUUGAAGAAACAACACCAGCAGAGAGUGUGGAAAGUGUAGAAACACAACCACAGGUGCAAUUAUCGCCAGAGGAGUUAGCAGAGAGAUAUCCAGUGUUAAAUGAUAAGGAACUAGUGAAGCGGUUUCUUGCUGUUCCCAUGACAAACAAUCAGAAAGGUAGAAUUCGCCAAGCCUUAAGGCAAGGAGUUAAAGGAGCAAAUGAUGCAUUAGUUCCUGACGCAAUAUAUGGCAAAAUGCAAGCCAUAAUAAAACAAACAGAAAAUUUAACAGAAUCUGACUUGAGAAAACUGAGAAUAUUAUACAAUAUGUUAAACAACGCAACAACAACAAAAACUGCGCCAAAUAAUACGGAAAAAAAGAAAAAGAAGAAAAAUAAAAAGGCGGGGAAGAAGGACAAGCAGGCCACAGAUAACGAAAUAAAAGUUGACAGCACAGAUAAUGCUAUAGAAAAUGACACAACAAAGAGUACAGAUAAAAAAGAUGUUGAAAAAUCUGAUGAUAAAAAUGGCACAGAUAAAAAAGAAAAAGUGAAAGGGCCAAAACGAUAUGUAGUGUUUGUUGGUAAUUUAGUGCCAGAUAUUGAAAAAGAAAAGUUGUUGUCACAUUUCUCCGAGUUAUCAGACCAUAUUGUGGAUGUGAGAUUACCAAAGCGAGAGGAAGGCAAGAAAAGCAGCAUCGCUUAUAUUGAAUUAAAAGAUGAACAUAGCUAUGAGUUGGCCCUCUCGAAGCAUCACACGAUGUUGGACAACAAAAGAAUAAACGUUUUGUACACGACGCAGAAGAAUAGCAAGAUAAGUAAAAGUGAGGCAAAGAGUACAGCAGCAAAACUGGUAGCGCUACAGAAAUCGGGAAAACUCAUCGGAAGUGUCGCCGUCAAUAAAAAGAGGACUUAUCGGAGAAAUAAGGCAAAAAGAGCGAUAGCCAAAGCCGCGGCGGAGUCGGGUUAACUAUAUGUGUAUAGGAUUUAUAUGAAAUAAAUUAUAUUAUAAUGUAAAA